AUAUUUUAAAAGGACCACGUGGUUGCCAUGAUUAAGUAUUACGCAAAUUUGGGGGAAUGAAAAUCUAAUCAUCUUUCGUCAAGGCAUCAUCGUUUUUUUUUUAAUAUUAUGUUUAUUAAUAUAUUGUAAUAAUGAUGUGAUGAAUUCAAUCGCCAUCAUAGUGAGGUAUGAUCGACGAUAUGUUGAGACUAUUGGACUUUUUUUUUAACUAUAUGGCAACCCCUUGGCCCACAUCGAGACGUCGUGCAUCCUGGCACUUGCCUCCAUCCUGGUAACUAGCAAGUUCCCGGACCAAAAACAGGAAGCGCGCGAUGAGCGCGGAGGUAGAGGAGCAGGAUGGCGGCGCGCCGAUGGAGACGGUCCAGUCGCUGACGCUGACCCAGGACAGCGAUGGCAGCAUCAUACUGCGCUGCGCUGCCACAGUCGGCGAGAGUGAACCUCAUGCGAAGAAAGCAUGUGAAUCAGCGGACUCGGACGCGUCCUUUUCUCUCGUCAACAUGCCCGCGGCCGACAGCCGCAAGAGCUUUGAGGCUACCGUGGCGACGGCGGCGGACGACACUGUCGCUCAGGAUGGCGUGACUCACAUUCAGGUCCUGUGCGGCGACGACGGCGAUGACGGCGGCAGCGCCCCCGCCGAGAAGGCCGAAGUGUCGGCCGUCAGUCAGGCCUGGUUCACCACCAAAGAAGACAAAGACACGCUUGCCAACAAAGGUCACAAGUGGAAACAAGGGAUGUGGUCCAAAGAGGAGAUCGACAUUCUCAUGAGCAACAUCGAACUCUACGUCAAGGGUCGGGGCAUCGAGGAUCCGGCCGAGGUCAUCUUUGAGAUGUCCAAGGAGGAGCGCAAAGAUUUUUACCGCUCAGUGGCGUCGGGCCUGAACAGGCCGCUCUUCGCCGUCUACAGACGAGUCCUGCGCAUGUACGACAACCGCAAUCACGUCGGCAAGUACACGCCGGGAGAGAUUGAGAAGUUAAAAGGGCUGAGGCAUCGCCACGGCAACGACUGGGCCACCAUCGGCGCGGCGCUGGGCCGCAGCGCCUCAUCCGUCAAGGACCGCUGUCGGCUGAUGAAGGACACGUGCAACACGGGCAAGUGGAGCGAGGAGGAGGAGCGUCGCCUGGCCGAGGUGGUGUACGAGAUGGCGGCCAGCGCUCCGGGCUCAGUGGUGACGGGGGGCGUGUCCUGGGCCUCGGUGGCCAGCCGGGUGGGCACGCGCUCGGAGAAGCAGUGUCGCUCCAAGUGGCUCAACUACCUCAACUGGAAGCACAGCGGCGGCACCGAGUGGACCAAAGACGACGACCUGGGCCUCACGCGCAGGAUUUUGGAGCUGGAGGUGGCGGAUGAGAACGAAAUCAAAUGGGAGGAGCUGGCGGGCGGCUGGAGCAGCGUGCGCUCGCCUCAGUGGCUGCGCUCCAAGUGGUGGAGCAUCAAGAGGCAAGUGGCCAAUCACAAGGAGAUCCCCUUCCCCGUCUUGCUGAAGGCCCUCCACGAGGUGAUGUCAUCCUCGCCCUCGGCGGGCGCGCCACGCGGCCCCUCCUGCGCACCCUCGCUCCAGAUCCGGCUGGGCCGUUUGGAAGAAAGCGGGGCCAGCCCGGCGCUGCAGAUUCCCGUGCAGAUCCCGCUGCAGAUCGCGCACCUGGACUCGUCCGUGGCCGGCGGCGAGGGGGAGACCAUCGCGCUGAAUGGCGGGACCCUGCAGGCCUUUGAGAUUCUUCCGUCGUUUCAGCUGCAGCCCACCGGCACGCCGGGCACGUACUUCCUGCAGACCGCGUCCGCUCAGGGACUGCCCCUCGGCCUGGCCAAUAACGGCACGGUUACCCUGACGACAAGUUCGCCCCCCGCAUCCCACGAGCACAUCAUCCUGCACGGCCUGGCGACGGACGGCCUGUGCGCCGGCGACGGCGUCAUCAUCCAGACGGUGGCGGCCGAGGCGGAGACGGAGGGACGGCGGCCGGACCAGCAUCUCGAUCCGUCCGCGGCGACAAAGAGGAAGGAGACAACGGCCGACAGCUUGACAGACAAGCAGCUGACUCCGCCCCCGUCCGACGUGGGACAUCCUGCAAUGGCCGCCGGCGGCGCCGUCCUGAUCGUGUCGCCGUCCAACAUCGGCAGCGCGCCGACAGAUCCCAUCUUGGAAAACCAGGACGGUUGCGAUUAGGACGAGGAGCGCAGCCCCCGCGUGCCGCCUUUGGACGUUUUCAACACUUUUUACAAGCUAAGUGCCAAUUUUUCAUGAAGACCACAUUUUUGGGCCUGCGGUGAGAUGAAGAAGAAACGUAGACUCGGUUCUGUUUGGGUUACGUGUAUUUAUUCCGUCUAAUUAAAUAAAAACCAAAAAAAAAAUGGUUUUGACAAUCCUAAA